AGUCUAGCCUUUUAUCAGGCCCCCAGGCUGCCUUGGAUCAUUUAGACUCAGAAACCUUGCUUCUGCAGACUGCGAUCGGGGCGCUGGAGUACCCUUCCAGAGACUCUUUCCUCCCCAAGUUGUGUCCCCUGGCACCCUGCCUGGUUGCCUUGGAAACAGGUUCCACUGCGGACAAAGGAGGGAGCUGGGUCCUGCUUCCUCCUGGUCCUGCCAAUGAGGAUUUUUAGACCGUGGAGACUGCGCUGCCCUGCCUUGCACUUACCCUCACUCCCCACAUUCUCUAUAAAGUGGAGUUUGCCUUCCCUCAUCCCUGACGAGGACAUGUGUAAGAGCGUGACCACAGGCGAGUGGAAGAAAGUCUUCUACGAGAAGAUGGAGGAGGCGAAGCCAGCUGACAGCUGGGACUUCAUCAUAGACCCCAACCUCAAGCACAAUGUCUUGGCUCCUGGCUGGAAGCAGUACCUGGAACUUCAUGCCUCAGGCAGGUUCCACUGUUCCUGGUGCUGGCACACCUGGCAGUCGCCCCAUGUGGUCAUCCUCUUCCACAUGUACCUGGACCGUGCCCAGCGCGCUGGUUCGGUGCGCAUGCGCGUGUUCAAGCAACUGUGCUACGAGUGCGGCACAGCGCGGCUGGACGAGUCCAGCAUGCUGGAGGAGAACAUCGAAAGCCUGGUGGACAACCUCAUCACCAGCCUGCGCGAGCAGUGCUACGGGGAGCGCGGUGGCCACUACCGCAUCCACGUGGCCAGCCGCCAGGACAACCGGCGACACCGCGGCGAGUUCUGCGAGGCCUGCCAGGAAGGCAUCGUGCACUGGAAGCCCAGCGAGAAGCUGCUGGAGGAGGAGGCGACCACCUACACCUUCUCCCGUGCGCCCAGCCCCACCAAGCCGCAGGCGGAAGCGGGCUCAGGCUGCAACUUCUGCUCCGUUCCCUGGUGCUUGUUUUGGGCCACGGUCCUGCUGCUCAUCAUCUACCUGCAGUUCUCCUUCCGCAGUUCUGUCUAGGAUUCCCGCGUGGGCCUGAGGCUUGGGGUGGGGUGGGAGUCUGCUGGUGGGAAGGGGAUGAGGUGAGACCUGGCUUGGGAAAAUGGGGGCACGUUCUAACACGAUGCGGCCAUUGAUUCAGUGGGAA